GUCGCUAUAGGAAUCUCCCGCCUGCCGAACUAUUUGGAGACUGCGCGGCAGCAGGAGAAGCACGUGGAUCAGAGCGCGGCGGAGGGAUCUUUUGGGAAGAGUCGCACUAUGACGGAUGCUGAUACGAGUAGAGAUUCUAUGAGCUCUCAAGAUCAGCCAGAACCUGCAGAUCUGACCGUUUCCUCUGCAAAGAGAAAUCAAGAGGCCGACUCAAACGAUGAUGUGUUUCAGCAACACGAGGAGGAGGCCUCAAAGAACACGGAUCAAGAGGCCAAUCAGGAAGUCGUGGAUAAUGGAGAAGAUAUGGUGAAAAUCAAAGAUGAAUUCUGCACUAUCAACAAGGAAUCAGUGGAGGUGGAAGCCAUGGACCCCCCAGAGAGAACAGACUUGGCAUAUGACUAUGGCUCAGACUGUGCUCCGUAUGAUAGCAUCCAACUGUCGAGACACGCUGCUCCAUUUGAUAUGAGCAGGCCCGGCCUGGGAAAAUUAUACUGUGACAUUUGCGGGUUGGCGUGCAACAGCCUCAAUGUAUUAUUGGUGCAUAAGAGAAGCCACACUGGAGAGAGGCCUUUCCAGUGCAAUCAAUGUGGGGCGUCCUUCACCCAGAAAGGGAACUUGCUCCGUCACGGCAAGCUGCACACUGGGGAAAAACCUUUCAAAUGCCACCUUUGCAGUUACGCUUGCCAAAGACGGGAUGCGCUCUCCGGGCACCUGCGCACACAUUCAGUGGAGAAACCGUACAAAUGUGAAUUCUGUGGCCGCAGCUACAAGCAGCGCAGUUCCCUAGAAGAGCAUAAGGAGCGUUGUCGCAUUUAUCAGCAGAACCUCAGUGACUCAGCAAUAGCAGCAAGUGAGGACUCCAGGCCUCCCAAGCCAGAGAUGGGCAGUGAAAGAGCUUUGGUCCUGGAUCGGCUAGCCAGCAACGUGGCCAAAAGGAAGAGUACAAUGCCACAAAAGUUCAUUGGAGAGAAGCAACCUUGCUUUGAACUUUCCUACAACGGUUACUUGUAUGAUAAGGAGCAUGACUUGAUGGCAGCAAGAAUAAUGGAACAAAAAAUGGGAGGCAACAUGGCCUAUGUGAACCCUGAAGUCUUACGUCCUAUGGUGCACACGCCACCGAUUCCCACUGCUGAAAUGGUGUCGGUUAUUAGCAGCCUGUACCCAGUGCCUCUCACACGUGUGGAGAUACCUAAUGGCCAUGUCUCUGGACAGCUCAUAAAAGAGAAGAGGUUGGUGCCUGAAAGGGUUCAUUCCCCUAUCACCAGUGCUCAGGACUCUACUGAUACUGAUAGCAGUCAUGAAGAAAGGUCCUCCUAUCCACCAAACCUAACUGCUGCUACUAUGCGAUCCAGCAGUGUAGUUGAGCAACCCAAACAGAUGUCUAGAGUCUGUGAAAACAUCAAGCCAACCGGGCAGUUCCAGCGAGACCCCAUUAGGGUGCUUAGCAAGGAAGGCUGUCCCCUAGGGGUGUACCGCUGUGACCACUGCUGUGUCCUUUUCCUGGAUUAUGUCAUGUUUACUAUCCACAUGGGAUGUCACGGAUUCCGAGACCCCUUUGAGUGCAACAUGUGUGGAUAUCGCAGCCAGGAUCGUUACGAAUUCUCAUCUCACAUUGCCCGAGGGGAGCACCGUCUGGGCAUAAAAUAGCAUAUUUUUAAGGUAUAUAUAUAUAUAUAUAUUUCUAAGACCAAAAAUGAUGAUAAACUGGUUCUGAAAACAGGGUUGUUCCCAGCAGCUUAGUUUAUAGACUUGACUUCUAGGUUUCUUCCACCAGAUGGACAUCAGGGUCCCUUUAAGCUCAUAUCAUGGUUACAGAUACAUAAAACGUGGUCAGCAUGGUCUAGUUUUAGAGAUAUCCAAGUAGAAAAUUAGCAUUUCCUUUAAAACUCACCUCAUCCUGAUUGGCCUUCUGAACUUCAAAGCCCACCACCACCCACACAAACACAUCCAAUGUACUGGAUCUCUUUAUGAUAACCACUGUCAGAGAACCAUGUCGUAAAGGAUUAUGUUGUAAUGCAACACUUAGAGCCACCUACAAAUAUGGCAAUGGAUAUCUUGAGCCAAUAUUGUUGUUUGAAAUAUUCUGUAGCUUCAGCACAGUCAUGUUCAGCUGUAGAAGAUCUUUAUGUACAUGGUUUGUAUAUUUAUCACAGGAUAUUUCUGUCAAAAGUCAGGGUUUUUUACCUGCACAGACUGCAUAGUUUCUCAGUAGUCUUUUGUUGUACAACACAGAAUGACCAAAGUCUGAACUAUUGGAUAACAGACUGGUUAAAGGGGCAGCCCCUUGUUCAACCUCACUUUGGUUUAUAGGACGUGUAAUGCCUCACAUAAGUCUAUCAUACUUGUAGAUUCUUAAGGGGAAAACUAAGACUAAAACGACUUUCACUUUCCAACCUUCUAUGGUUCUUGCAAGCAACUGUGAGAGGAGGGACGGGUUGCUUUAACCCAAACUGAAGAAUAUUUAUUGAUGUCUGCUUAUCUGUAAACUAAAACACAUCAAAGGGGGCCAGUCUUGGGGUUGCUUACUCAUAUUUAUAUUUAGAUCAAAUCAGCCAAUUCCAGGAAAGAGGGAGCAGGAAGUAGGAACUGUCAAAACAAAACAAUGAUUGAUGAUUUAUAAUUACAAACAUAUGAAAUUUGUCUAGAAAUAGUAUUUUUAGUAUAUGUUCUAUUUAUUUUGCUGAUGCCAGAAGAUGAUGUGUAUAGGCACGUGCUGUCCCUGUAGCAUUUGACGUGUAUAUUUUCUAAACCUCUUAUGUUUGGUUUUUUUGUCAUUUUUAUGAUAAACACAAUAAAGGUUUUGUGUGGUUUGAA